UGUUUUGCCAGCAAUUAUAUAUUCAUUAUUCCAAAGUCCAACGAGAAAAUCACUAAUUCUAUAAAUGAACAACAUACCAGUAGUUAUCUGAGCAUCAUCAUCCUCCUCGUCAUCAUCGCUUUGUAUCGUCCACCUUUUUAAAAUCCCCUCAACAAUCUCUCUGAACACCUUCUCUCUAUUACACUCAAAAACAAAUCCUCUCUCUGUAUCUCUGUAAUCUUCUGAUUCGAUAUGGGUUUUAGCAAAGAAGAGAUUAGCAAAAGCAGAAGGUUCUGGUCUUCUCUAUGGAGAGGCAUCAAAACUGUAUUCGUUUUGUUCACAAUGUUCGUCUCUUUUCUCCUCGUCUCUGCUCCGAUCUUCCUCGCCGUCGCCGACGCUCUCCUCCCUUCCGCCCUCCUCCACCGCCUCUCUGCGCCGGCGAACCUCUCUUCUCAUCUCACCAACUACGAUUUUCGCCACUCCCUCAUCGAUAUUCCGUUAAUCUCCAUCGUUAGAUCCGCCGUUAUACUCUGCGUUUACGGGCUUUGCGAUGGACCCAAGUUAUCAAGAGGUCCAUAUCUAAUGAUAACAAUGAUCUGCUCUGUUUCUUCUCUAGUCUACGUCUCGUUAAAAGCUGCGUUCGUGUUCGGCGAGCCGGCGAACGGAGACGGCGGAGGUAGUUACUUCAAAGCGGCGGAAGUUGCUCUGUUUCUCUGCUCCUCUGUUCUAGCCAUCGGUCAUAUAGUUGUGGCGUAUAGAACAAGUUGUAGAGAGAGAAGAAAGCUUCUCGUCUUCAAGAUCGACAUCGAAGCUGUUUCAGCAUGUAAAAACGUGUACCCGAGAUAUCAAAAGAUCCUUCAACAAGAGAGACUCAAAUAGCGACGUAUUUCAAGAGACUCGAAUACUUGUUGUAAAUACAUGCACCCAUGACGUAACCUUGUAUGAACGUGUAUAUAAAUAUAAAAGAUACGUAUACGACGUAUGAAUGGAGCUUCUUCUUCUGCCUUUCGGUGUUGACCCAUCAACUCCUUAGCUUUUAAGUUUCAGAACGAUCCAAAGGGCAAAAGAUAGUCUGUAAAGGCGGGAGGAACGGAUAGUGGGGCGUAUAUCACCUAAUAAGAAUUAUACAUAUUUUAAUGCAAGACAACUCCGUUGAAUUGGCAGUUGUUAGCUUUGAUAUUAGAUUAGUUAGUGAGAUUUGUAUAUAAUAUAGUUUUGUUUGUUUUGUAAUAACCUAGAGU